CACGGCUCGCCGCUAAUUGGCCGCUUUUGAAUAUCCACCGUGGCCGUGAUUGGCCGGGGCCUGGACGCUUUGCGCGGUUGGUUUGAAAUCGCUUCAUUCGCAAGCAGCUCAUCCAGCAGAAGGAAGCCUCGCUCUGCGCUGUGGUAAGCACGCUGGGCCCGUCUGCUAGCUGGGUUAAUGCCCUGUUUCUAUCACUAGCCACCCAGUUACCAUGGAGUCCUGUCUGCAAGUGAUCUAUAGCCCAUAAAUUCUAUGUGUGUGUUAUAUAUAAUGUCUGAUUCAGGGUUCUGCAAACUAUACAUGUUGCUGAACUACAACUCCCAUCAUCCUCUGGCUAUCUGUCUCCUUCAAAGGAUCAUGGGAGUUGUCGUUCAGCAACAUCUGGAGGCCCUGAGUUUGCCUGGUAGGAGGCCAUCACACAGAGAUAGGACUGUCCCUGUGUGUCUGAGUGGAUUGUAGGACUCCAGCAUGGUAUUCAUAGGCCAGUGUCCCUGUGAGAAAAGGUCAUGUCUUCAUAUAGGCUUAUUAGGAUGGACAGGAAGAAGGCUUCUUCCCUGCUAUUGUGGCAUCAUAAGGGUCUAGCUCAGGCUUCCCCCAAACUCUGGCCCUCCAGAUGUUGUUGAACUACAACUCCCAUGAUUCUCAGCCUAUCUAUUUUAUUCAUAGAAUCAUGGGAGUUGUAGUUCUGCAACAUGUGGAGGGCUGGAGUUUGGGGAAGCCUGGUCUAGCUGAAGAUAUUCUUCCAGGGUUAUUCACUAAGGUUUAGAGUUAAAGGUGACUCAGAUUUAAAGUCAAAAUAGCCAGGCUGGAAAUGAUCAAGUCAGGCAUAUUUUUCUUCUUGGCUAUUCCUGGCUUUAAAUGUUGAAAUUCACUUUGUAUUCUCACUGCGAUGGGUAGUGCCUGACCUUAGAUGUUCCUGAGCUGAAUUUCAUUGGAUGCUGCCUGCGCAUCAUUAGAAGUGUAGUUCAUUAAAUUAGUCGGUCAGAAGCCAGCCUGAAUUACUACAGCUCUGCCUUGUGGCCAACUAUAGUGGGAUGACAGAUCCUUACUUACAAAGAUUGCUGUAUGGUAUGUGAGUUUAUCUGUAAACUGUGUGCAGGAUAUUUUAUCCUACUUGUUUACUGGGUGAUUCUUCCCUUACAAAUACUAUAGCAAUAUAUUGCCAUAUGGACCAUGUCUCCAAAGUGACAUGAUAUACAUUCUUCCCAUAUAUGAUUUUUUUUUUUUUUUUUCUCAUUGUAAUGUCCUCAAUAUACUGUUAAGAUCUUGAUGGUGAUAAGCACUGAUUGUACCUUGGUUCAAUUUAUGCAUGUAACAUAUAGUAUAUGUAAAUAUUACACUUGGAGGUCACUAGAUGUAACUGAUGUAUAUUUUCUUUUUGUAGGAAUAUUUCAAAAGAUCCACAGCCAUGGAUGAGUAUGCAAAAAUCGAAAAAAUUGGAGAGGGUAAGUGUCUUUAGGAGAGGUAAAUGGUCCUGUUGAGGACUGGUUUAUGUAAACACAGCUAGGGAAGUCAUAAUGCAUGGAAUGCGGCUGUUUUAACUUCACUGCACUAGAAAAUCUCUGUACCUGGCCGUGCACUGCGAUUUUUGAUCUCCCAUGACAGUGAUGUCAAUUGAUGUCUGAAUGAAGCCUUAAAUGAUCACUAUACUCUUCCAGACCUCUUCCACUCAAUGAAGCUCCCCAUUUGUUUUAACCCUGCUAUGUAUAACAUUGCAAGGUUAAAGCAGAUAUGUCAACGGACAGAUCUGCGGGGUGCAUGGGGAGUUUUACUUACCUUUGACUACCUCGCAGUCGCCACCUUCACGAUGCAGGUCCUCUUCCGCUCCUGGCACUUCAGCUGGUAUUUGCGAGCCUGUUCCUUCUGAGGCUUAGUGAUGCCGGAUCCGGAAUAUGCCGUCAUUCCGGCCCCAGCAACACUAAGCAGCGCAUGAGCGGGCAAGGCAAUCGCCAUUCCCUUGUUAUCGACCUACACAAUGCGUAUGGCUGGCUGGCCGGCCGCCCGCCUUCAUUGGAGCUCAAGUAAAAUGAUCCACUCGAGCUCUCCCAAAGGUAGGUAUGCUUGGUGGAAAAGAAUUGCAUUAAAUCAAAUAAGUGUGUGAGUGUGCGUUUGUGCAUAAUUCAAUGCUUUCUUAUGGGCUAGUCCUAAUGCACUUGCACGCAUAUAUAUUUGUUCCCCCUGCUGGCUGGUAGAUCGGAACGUGACUCGUGCAGAGGGACAUUGGCACUGCAAUCAGGAGAGUGAAGUCAUGCUGGACAUCCAUAAGAAAGCACUGAGUAAUGCUUUCCUAUGGGCAGUUUGAAUGUGCAUGCGCAUUCAGAGCUGACGUCGGCAGGGGGAGGAAAGGUCACUAGUGCUGAGGGAGCGCGGCGCUGGAUUAAGGUAAGUGGCUGAAGGGGUUUUAACCCCUUCAGCCCAGCGGGAGGGGGAGGGGACUUUAUUACCCUAUAGUGCCAGGAAAACAAGUUUGUUUUCCUGGCAUUAUAGUGUUUAAAUUUGACAUUUACUUUGUUUGAACUCCCAACACUUCAGUGAAUAACACUGAUGUAAUGCCAUUCCUUUUGGCGGUUGAUUUGCAUAAAAUUUUAUUUACUGUAUUUUUGUCUUCCCAACCUUGUUUAGGCACCUACGGAGUUGUCUAUAAGGGUCGGCAUAAGGCUACAGGGCAGGUUGUUGCCAUGAAGAAAAUUCGGCUGGAAAAUGAGGAGGAAGGCGUUCCCAGUACAGCAAUCCGAGAAAUCUCCCUACUUAAAGAACUGCAGCAUCCUAAUAUAGUGUGGUAUGUAUUGUUUUCUGCUUGUAUGAUUUUAAAUGAGGUUGUUGUGCCUUGCUUGUAAUGUAGCAAACUACAGCAAACAAAUAUGACAGGGAUUUUAUUUAUCAUUAAUUUUCCUUUAACCCCUUAAGGACACAUGACAUGUGUGACAUGUCAUGAUUCCCUUUUAUUCCAGAAGUUUGGUCCUUAAGGGGUUAAAAGCCAGUUUAAAUGUUGUUGAAACUAAGGUUUGAUCUUGAAUUCUGAAUACUCUGUAUUCAUCAAUGCAAGAGGGCGAGCAGCCAUUUGAAUGCUAAACAGGUACUACUCUGGGGCAGAUUGCUAGAUAUUUAGUGUUUGGGUUUUUUGUCCCUCGAUUUAAUAUGGAGCGUAGUAUUAAUAAAUGUGUAUUUCUGAAACGCGGUACUAGGUUUUCUAUAUAAGUCUCAUUAAGUUUUUUUUGUAACACUUUCAUGAGCACUGAAAAUUUGAAUACUUUGACUUUCUUCUUGGAAAAGUUUGUGCCUAAAGUAGAUCAGAUACUGCGUGUCACUUCAGACAGUCUACCUUGAUCAGUGUACUUGGCUAAAGUAUUUUCCUUCUGUAUCCCCUUGAAGCCUUUUGUAACUGAGAGCACAUUUUAUGUAGGUGCUGUGAAUAUCAUAGCCCAUAGAAUCUUCUUCCCUAAAAUGUGUUGUGUAAUAUUAUGCUUAUUUGCUGUUCUUGUGAACACUGACCAGAAAGGACAAUUCCCUAUUUACCUUAAAGUGUUUUGUUUUGGUUUUUUCCCUUCUCCCCUCUCUUCACAAUCCUUUUUUAUCUGCUUUCUUGCACCCACUUAUCUGCCACAAACACUCACACUGUCUUUAAUAAAAUAUUGAUCCUUUAACACCAAUAGGCUGUGCAUGUGUGUACCCUUUACUCAUGUAUGGACAUUCCUUGUGGUUACCAAAUUGGUAUUCAUGUGCAUUUGUGGUGGCAAAUAUCUUGUAGGUUUUAAACUUGGCCCAUUUUACAGGUUAUUCCAUAAAACGAGAAUUUAAUGUGAAUUUCAAAUUUAUGCCAGAAUAGUUCAUUUGGAAAAAUUCUCUAAGAUGUGGUCUGUUUCCAGUUUGGCUACUUCAACCUAAAAUAUUGAAUUCUCAAUUAAAGGAACACUAUAGUCACCUAAAUAACUUUAGCUAAACAAAGCUGUUUUAGUGUAUAGAUCAUUCCUGUGCAAUUUCACUGCUCAUUUCACUGUCAUUUAGGAGUUAAAUCACUUUGUUUCUGUUUAUGCAGCCAUAGCCACACCUCCCCUGGCUAUGAUUGACAGAGCCUGCAUGAAAAAAAAACUGGUUUCACUUUCAAACAGAUGUAAUUUACCUUAAAUAAUUGUAUCUCAAUCUCUAAAUUGAACUUUAAUCACAUACAGGAGGCUCUUGCAGGGUCUAGCAAGCUAUUAACAUAGCAGGGGAUAAGAAAAUCUUAAUUAAACAGAACUUGCAAUAAAGAAAGCCUAAAUAGGGCUCUCUUUACAGGAAGUGUUUUUGGAAGGCUGUGCAAAUCACAUGCAGGGAGGUGUGACUAGGGUUCAUAAACAAAGGGAUUUAACUCCUAAAUGGCAGAGGAUUGAGCAGUGAGGCUGCAGGGGCAUGUUCUAUACACCAAAACUGCUUCAUUAAGCUAAAAUUGUUCAGGUGACUAUAGUGUCCCUUUAAAUGCAUAACCCUGUUGGUAUGUCUUCUGAUGAGGCUUUAAAGAUGUUAAAAAAAAAAAUAAAAUAAAAAAAAAAUCCAUCCUGCUAUAUUUGUCUUACAAUGAAAAUUGAUUCAAACUGUUUUUGAUGUGAGCAUUUUCAAUUUGUUCCUUUUUCCAGCUUACUUGAUGUCCUAAUGCAAGAUUCUCGACUGUAUCUUAUUUUUGAAUUUCUUUCCAUGGACUUGAAGAAAUAUUUAGAUUCCAUCCCCAGUGGCCAAUUUAUAGAUGCAAUGCUUGUUAAGGUAAAUCUGAUUUUUAUAUUUGAAAGCUAUUUCUUUAUCUGUUGCUUUCCUAAAUAAGUCUAUAUAUUUGUACAUGCUUAUUUUUAGAUUUGAACUUAAUGCCAAGAGACCUUUUUUUAUUUUGUAACAUGCUUCAAAGUCCGUUGUAAACUCCAAACAUUCACUCCUUUUUUUUUAAAUGACCAGAUUAUAACUUGACACCUAGGCUGUUUCACCCGUAGUCAGCUCAGCUUGGUAAGAAAGUGUAAAUCCUUUCAAGCAAUCCUUUUCACACAUUAUUGGUGCUAAGUGGGAAAAACAAUUCAUAGAGGAAACUAGAAGUCUUUCUCGGAGGAGAAUGUAUUAUUCCUGGCCACUUUAAAGUCCUCUAGGUGUUAAAGUGUAGCUGCAGUCUCUUGAACCUUCAGGAAACUUUAAACCCAUCUCUCUUCAAAGUAAAUGGGAGAGGGGUGGAGAGAUGGACUUAUUGUAAAUUAUGUACUUGGCUAAAAAAGUUGUAGCCCCAGCACAUGUCUUGGGCAGAUCUGAACUGUUCUGGCUGCCUAAUGUCAAUUCUGUACAUAUUUUACUUGUAUCGUCCUUGCACACCACUUGCUGCUGACAGAUGCCAGCACUUUAAAAAAAAAAAAAUAUAUAUAUAUAUAUAUUUUUUUUUUUUUUUUUUAUAUAUAAAUCCCCCUGCCCUUCCACCUCCAUUUACUCCCUCUUGUCCCCUUUGGAUGAUUACACCGGCUCAGAGCACAUGCGCACUCUGAGCUACAUUUAAAUUGCUCUGAGUGUUUGGUGGGGGAUGGGGUGGACAAUAGUGUAAUGCCAAUUGGGUUUAUUCUAUUUGACAUUAAAAAGGGUGGGAGAACCCCUUUAAGGCUUGUGUGCCAAACGCACAACCAAGGAUAUGACUGAAAGUUAGUGAUAUUGAAGAUGCCAACAAGGUAAUACAUUAGCAGUUAUUCUUUACAUGAUGCAGUGAGCCACCUUCAUAUGUACACUUAAAACCGAAAAGUGCAACGCUUUAAAUACAGUUCUUACUGACCCCUAAAUGUGUGUGGUAUAAAUAUGUAAGAAAAACAGAACAUAUACAAAUAGCACAAUACUGUAAAUCAAUCUAUACUGUAUAUAUUUUUCAACAGUGAGUGUUAGAAAAACUCACAUUUAAUAGAGCCCUUUCGAUAAAGGCUCUAAACACUGAACACCUCAGUGCCUUUAUGGUGGCACCUGCAACCUUUUUCUGCAUUUGUUUUAAUACAGUUUGUUCAACUGAUGAAUACAUGCAAAUGGAGACUCAACGAUCUGGGUGCAGACAAGAUCAUCAGGUAGGUACAUAUUAUGCACAGCAAGAAAACUUCUCACGUUCUUAGGAGCCUGUUUGAUAACUGGCUCCCAAAUAUGAAUUUAAUUUCCAUUUUCAGGGUGACCCUUCCCUGUAGGAACCAGGAUGUGAGUUUUCAAAUUAUGAAUAAAAAGGGGAAUGACUUUGGUUGAUAUAAAAGAAUUUAAAAUAAAACAAGAGGAGAUAAUCAUAAAUUUAUUUUUUUUAAAUAUAACAAAUAAAACCCGCUUAAAUCCUUCCUUCGUCUAACUGUCAAAGACACGUUUCGCCAAUGUGGGUUUUUCAAUUGGUAUCGAUGACGUUUCCGUGUUCCUGUUUUAAAAGGCUUGAUGGCUCCUCAACAGCUGACACACAGGACAUCCAUAGGCAGUUCGAAAGUUGAGGAGCCAUCAAGCAUUUUAGGACCGAGAAACUGCAUCGAUACCAAUUGAAAAAGCCACAUCUGCGAAACUCAUCUUGGACUGUUACGUGGAGAAAUGACUUAAAGGAACACUAUAGUCACCUAAAUUACAUUAGCUGAAUAAAGCAGUUUUAGUGUAUAGAUCAUUCCCCUGCAAUUUCACUGCUCAAUUCACUGUCAUUUAGGAGUUAAAUCACUUUGUUUCUGUUUAUGCAGCCCUAGCCACACCUCCCCUGGCUAUGAUUGACAGAGCCUGCAUGGGGAAAAAAAAACUGGUUUCACUUUCAAACAGAUGUAAUUUACCUUAAAUAAUUGUAUCUCAAUCUCUAAAUUGAACUUUAAUCACAUACAGGAGGCUCUUGCAGGGUCUAGCAAGCUAUUAACAUAGCAGGGGAUAAGAAAAUCUUAAUUAAACAGAACUUGCAAUAAAGAGAGCCUAAAUAGGGCUCUCUUUACAGGAAGUGUUUAUGGAAGGCUGUGCAAGUCACAUGCAGGGAGGUGUGACUAUGGUUCAUAAACAAAGGGAUUUAACUCCUAAAUGGCAGAGGAUUAAGCAGUAAGGCUGCAGGGGCAUGUUCUAUACACCAAAACUGCUUCAUUAAGCUAAAGUUGUUCAGGUGACUAUAGUGUCCCUUUAAGCGGGUUUUUAUUCUCUACUUUUAUUUUAAAGGAUCACUAUAAUGUAAAACACUUGUUUUUCCCUGACACUAUAUAAUCCUUGGGGACCUUCACUCUCAGGGUCCCCUUCCCACUGGGCUGAAGGGGUUAAAACCCCUUCAGCCACUUACCUUAAUCCAGCGCCGGGGUCCAUCGGUGCUGGUGACCUCUCCUCCCCCGCUGACGCCAGCUUCCAAGUGGAGCAGAAUGCACAUGUGCGGCAAGAGCCGCAUGCGCAUUCUAACAUUCCAUAGGAAAGCAUUACUCAAUGUUUUCCUAUGGACUUUCAGCACACUAGAUGUGAAUUUCAGGAAGACCACCACUAGAGGUGGGCUUAACCCUGCUUUGUAAACAAAGCAGUUUCUCUGAAACUGUCUACAUGUGAAGGGUUAAAACCUGAGGGACAUUGCACCAAGACCACUUCAUUGAGCUGAAGUGGUCUGGGUGACUAGUGUCCCUUUAAAUUGAAUUAAAUUAUUUUAUUUCUGUGUGUUCAUCGUUUGAAAACUCGCAUCCUGGUUGCUGCAGGGAAGUGUCACCCUGAAUUUACACUAAAUUCAUAUUUGGGAGCCAGUUAUUAAACAGGUUCCUAUGAAGGUGAGCAAUUUUCUUGCUGUGCAACAUGUGUACCCACCUGAUCUAGUCUGCACCUAGAUCGUUGCCUCUGUUUUCACUUGCAUGUACCCACAGAUUGAAGAAACACUGUAUUUAAGUCAAACCCAGAAAAGGGCUGUAGAUGCCACCUAAGGAGGCACUGCACAUUUCUGUUUGUUUUAAGUGGUGGGGCUCAUCACCUAAACAUGGAGGGUUUUUUAAAUUUAACUUUUUUAUUCAACUUUUGGUUUUGUGGAUGUUGGGAUAUUCAGUUAUACAGCUGCUCAUAUUAUGUUUUUAACUUCAUUAAACGUCUUUUAAAACACACCUUGUUUUCGAUCAUACAUUUGCAAUUAUGCUCCCUGCACCAAUGAAUUUUUAUUUUUUAUUUUUAACUACAGGUAAUGUAGGUAUACAGUGGUUUUUGUAUUUGCUUUGGGUGGAUUUUUCAUAACUUUAAUAAUUUUUUUUGUCUUCUAGAGUUAUUUAUAUCAAAUCCUGCAAGGUAUUGUAUUUUGUCAUUCAAGAAGAGUUUUACACAGAGACUUGAAGCCUCAGAAUCUCUUAAUAGACAGCAAAGGGGUAAUCAAGCUGGCAGAUUUUGGGCUGGCCCGUGCCUUUGGUAUCCCUGUUCGAGUGUACACACAUGAGGUAGGUGUGCUUGCAAUGGAUUCCUGCUACUAACUUUUCCAUAGCCAAGCAUUACAUGGCUGAUCCCUCUCUGCCCUCUUAUUGCUAUAAAUUCUAGUAUGCCAACAUAAGUGUGUUUUUAAUAUGGCAAUCCUAUUUUACCAAUGUAGUCACUUUAAAGACUUAAAAUUAAUGUUUUCUUUGGGAGGAUUGCCUGGCAGCCCUCCCACAGCAAAUCGGGCCACCACGGGCCAUGUGAUCGCUCUCAAACAGCGAUCACAUGGCCCCUAUAUCUGGCUGUGGAUCUGCCAGCAGGGGGACUGUCUAUAAAAUGUGGGUAGUGUAAAAAAUAAAUGAUUAAUAGUCUUAAAUUAGAGGGACAAAGGUUUAAAAAUAUCCAGAAGUAUUACUUUACUGAGAGGGUAGUGGAUGCAUGGAAUAGCCUUCCAGCUAAAGUGGUAGAGGUUAACACAGUAAAGGAGUUUAAGCAUGCGUGGGAUAAGGCUAUCCUAACUAUAAGAUAAGACUAGGGAGUAAUGAAAGUAUUUAGAAAAUUGGGCAGACUAGAUGGGCUGAAUGGUUCUUAUCUGCCGUCACAUUCUAUGUUUCUAUUAAACUUGUUUUAAAAUAAACAAUGUGUGACGUCAUACAUAGUGUAUUUUAAUGUUUAUAUACGUAUAUUUUGGUAUUAAAAUAAACUUAGAAUGACGUUACAUAUAUAAAUAAAAAAUUAUAACAAAUUAUAUACAUAUGUAAUUUCAUUCUAACUGUAUUUUGUGGUAUGUGUGUAUUAUUUAUAUAUAUAUUCUAUAUCUCAAAAUACACUUAGAAUGACUCUCUGUGUUACAUUACAUAAAUAACUACAUAAGUGUUCAUGUAGACUUUAAAUACAUAUGUUAAAAUUCUACGUGUAUAUUUAAGUAAUCUUUCAACAUAAUUAUGUGAUUGAAUUCAUUAAAAUUUGAUUGACAUGCCUGACCACCCAGGCAGAAAGUGCAGAGAAUUUGAAUUGCAAGCACUCUAGUUAACCCUGUAACACCGUAAAAACUGUUAAUGGGGGCUACUGUUGUAUUUGUGAGACUUUGCUGAAUCCAAAUAUGGGCGCUUUUUGCAGUAAAAGCCAACCGUAUUAUGACAUUUACAGCUAAAAUGUGAGGCGGAACUACCAAUUUUUUUAAAAAUUUUUCUUCAUAAUUUUUCAUAUGUGAAAUUAAAGCCCUGUUUCUCCUGAACAAAAUUAUAUAAUGUGGGUGUACAUAAUAUGAAAGAGGUGAAUUACGGGUGAACAGACAUAUAGUGCAAAUUCCAGGUUUUGUUUUGAUCAGAACGUGUACUAUUGACUCCGUCCUGAAAGGGUUAAUGACAAACCCUGUAAAGUUUCUUUCUCAGAGGUUUAGAAUGAAUUUCAUAUUUCCGGUCCCAAAAGCAGAAUAGGUGUAAAGAAAAGUCUACCUACGAUCUCUUUAGUUUGGCCUAAAAUUCCGAAUAUGUAGCAAUUCGGUGAAUAACCCUGUUAUUGAUUUUUAUUUUAUUUAUUUUAUUUAUUUAUUUUUUGUGGAUGUUUACUGGAAUAUCAACAAUGUACUAUUGUGCUAACAUAUUGGCAGUGCUGUACAGUAUAGACAAAUCAAUCCAAAAGGAAUAGAGGAUCCUGCUAGUACUAAGCAAGAUGGCCUUUAUAUUGUAAGCUCACAAGCUAUGAUAGAAAUGUGAAGAUAAUUGACAGGGAGACUUUGACAUGACUACUAAAAGGAGAAAUAAAUGCAUGGGGUGGGAAUACUUGGUGAAAAUUUAGUUUUUUUUGCAGCAGGUAUGGUGGUGUUUGUUAUAGUGUUCAGGUUAAAGUAUGCACUGGGCUCGUGCAGUGUACGAACAAAGGAGGGGGCGGGGGGAAAUGUGUAAUAUAAAAUUUAUUAGACAAUCUUUUGUGCCCAAACAAAUUAAUCAUAUCUAUUGUAAAUAUUAAUAGACUGUAUGUACAGAGAAGUCACUGUUAAAAUGGCAUUAUUGGAAUAUUUAGCCCCAGACCGAGUAAACAAAAGGCAGAAUAAUGUGAUUUAGUGCCUUAACAGCGGCCCUCAAUAACUUAAAGGUUGCUGGUAAAAAUGGCUGUGUAUGUCUAACUCUACAGCCAACAUCUUGGUAUGAAUGUUCUCACUAGUUCAGUACUCUUGUAAAGGGUUCAGCAGCCUUUAAUGCACCUUGAAACAGGACUGGAUUCCUUCCUGUAAUUUUCUAGCAGAAGGUAUAGUUGACGUGCGUGCUGUUGUUCAUUAUGGCUGCAUAUAAGCAUACCUAAAGUAUGACUUGUAUCUUGAUGUUGCAGGUGGUAACACUGUGGUACAGAGCUCCUGAAGUGCUUCUUGGAUCAGUGCGAUAUUCCACACCUGUUGAUAUGUGGAGCAUUGGUACCAUAUUUGCAGAGAUUGCUACAAAGAAACCGCUCUUUCAUGGAGACUCUGAAAUAGAUCAGCUCUUCAGAAUAUUCAGGUUUGUAUAACUUACCAUUUCCGGGCAACUGAAGCAACACUAUAAAGGUAAGUGUUAUGUUUCCAAAACCUGUGGUUAGUGUGAUGUCCAUAUUUUUUAUUUUUAUUUUUUAUAGAGCUCUGGGGACACCAAACAAUGAAAUCUGGCCUGAAGUAGAGUCAUUGCAAGACUACAAAAACACAUUUCCAAAAUGGAAAGGAGGAAACUUGGCCGCUAGUGUGAAAAACAUUGACAAGGAUGGCCUUGACUUGCUUGCUGUAAGUAUUGGUGUUUCUUUGUGGCUUUGGUCCAAUAGAAGCUUAUUGCAAGACUAAGGUUCCAUAACAGACUGUAUCAAUGUUCUUUUAUGACAUAAAAAUAAAUUUUGCUCACUAUACAAGCAGGUGUCUGCUAGUGAGACCUCAAAACCCUUAGUUUUUCUCUAUUCCUUCAACAACAAAAAUUGAAAACCCACUUCAGGAAAGCAUAUUAAACUGUUAAUAGCAUGCCCUCCCCACACCUUGCUUCCUUUCCUGCAAUGGUCAUCCAAAAAUAAACCCCGUAAGCCCCCAGCGAAGAACUAUACUAGCAACCUACUUUCUACCCUUGCCCUUUGUGUCCCUAUAACCUACUCCCUCUAGCAUGUAAGCUCAUUUGAGCAGGGCCAUCAACCUCCCAUGUUCCUCUGCAACCAACUCAUUGGUCCUCCUGUUGUAUUGCAUUGCGGAAUUUGAUGCUCUUAUAAAUGUGCUUUCAUAAUCAAUAUGGUCCUUUAAAAGCUGUCUUGGUUGAUUGUUUCUGUGUUUAAUUUACAGAAAAUGCUUGUAUAUGAUCCUGCAAGGAGGAUUUCUGCCAGAAAAGCUUUGCUGCAUCCAUACUUCAGUGACUUAGAUAAGUCCAACCUUCCUGCAAAUCAGAUUAAGACUGGCUCUUAGAGUCUCCUACACUUGUUCAGCCUGUACACUGCAGAUGUUCUGAUGUGAAUCACUUCUUUAUUUUUUAAUGUUUGUCCAUUUGUGUGUUUCUUCCUGUCGUGCUGCAAGCCUUGCAGCAUUGGCCGAGUGCUUUAAAUUUAUGCACCAUUCUCUAAAUUGUAAAUAUUUACUUUGUGAACUGUCACGUCAAAGAUUUCAUUUUUCAAUAAAGCUCUUUAUAUUACAUAUAA